UCAGCAUUUUGCCCAAUGACCGACAGCCACGUCAAUCCGGACACUCGCACACCGCAGUGCGACGAGGCACACUGCUCCAGACUACAACUCAGCAGAUAAGGCCCAACCCUCGUAUUAUUAUUUUUUUCAAAUAUCUUUUUCUGGUCAAAUUCUGAAUGGAAAGAUUCUUGCCUUGAUCUGAAUCGAAGUUUUAGAAAGAUCCCACGAGAGCAUCAACAAGAGAAAGAGAGGAAAAGGAGAGAAUUAUGGGGAAGACGGUGAGGAAACUGCAAGUGGUGUCACCAGUGCCAGCAGAUAUUGAUAUAGCUAACUCUGUUGAACCUCUGCACAUAUCUGAGAUUGCCAACGAACUCAAUCAGUCCCAGCAUUAUGAUCCUUAUGGCAAAUACAAGGCCAAGGUUUUAUUAUCAGUGCUUGAUGAGUUACAAGGAAGUGAAGAUGGUUACUAUGUGGUUGUUGGAGGAAUUACUCCAACUCCUCUUGGAGAAGGCAAAUCCACCACUACUGUUGGCCUCUGCCAGGCAUUGGGAGCAUUUCUUGAUAAAAAGGUUGUCACAUGCCUUCGUCAACCAUCUCAAGGGCCAACAUUUGGAAUUAAAGGUGGUGCUGCUGGUGGCGGCUACAGCCAAGUGAUUCCCAUGGAUGAGUUCAAUCUUCACUUAAGGGACAUCCAUGCAAUAACAGCUGCAAACAACCUUCUUGCUGCUGCAAUUGAUACAAGAAUCUUUCAUGAAUCUACUCAAACCGAUAAGGGUCUUUUCAACCGGUUAUGUCCUCCUGACAAGGAAGGAAAGAGGAGCUUCAGUAACAUUAUGUUUAGGCGUUUGACGAAACUUGGUAUUUCCAAGGCAAGACCAGAGGAACUUACUCCACAAGAGAUUAAGAAAUUUGCUAGGCUUGAUUUUGAUCCUAGUUCUAUCACAUGGAGAAGAGUAAUGGAUAUUAAUGACCGUUUUUUAAGGAAGAUAACUGUUGGUCAGGGCCCUGAAGAGAAAGGGAUGGUGAGAGAAACUGGAUUUGAUAUUUCAGUUGCUAGUGAAAUAAUGGCAGUCCUAGCUCUAACGACUUCAUUAGCUGACAUGAGAGAGAGGCUUGGGAAAAUGGUUGUCGGAAAUAGCAAGGCUGGUGAUCCCAUUACAGCUGAUGAUCUGGGUGUUGGGGGUGCUUUGACUGUGUUAAUGAAAGAUGCCAUCAAUCCUACACUAAUGCAGACUCUUGAGGGCACCCCUGUCCUUGUUCAUGCUGGCCCUUUUGCAAAUAUUGCUCAUGGAAACUCGUCCAUUGUUGCUGAUAAGAUUGCAUUGAAGCUGGUGGGACGUGGAGGAUUUGUAGUCACAGAAGCUGGUUUUGGGGCUGAUAUUGGAACUGAAAAGUUCAUGAACAUAAAAUGUAGAUACAGUGGAUUAACACCUCAAUGUGCUGUCAUUGUGGCAACAAUUAGGGCCCUCAAGAUGCAUGGUGGAGGGCCAGAAGUUGUAGCUGGGAAACCUCUUGAUCAUGCUUAUCUGACAGAGAACGUGGCACUUGUUGAAGCUGGCUGUGUGAAUCUUGCCAGGCAUAUUUCAAAUACAAAGGCCUAUGGUGUAAAUGUUGUAGUUGCCGUGAACAAGUUCGCAACUGAUUCUGAAGUUGAACUAAAUGCUGUAAAGGCUGCAGCACUUUCAGCAGGGGCAUUUGAUGCUGUAAUCUGUACUCAUCAUGCUCAUGGUGGGAAAGGAGCGGUAGACCUGGGGGUUGCAGUUCAAAGAGCUUGCGAGAAUAUUGCACAACCAUUGAAAUUCUUGUACCCUCUGGAUAUGAGCAUCAAAGAAAAAAUAGAAGCCAUAGCAAAGUCUUAUGGUGCUAGCGGUGUAGAAUACUCAGAAGAGGCUGAGAAACAAAUUGGGAUGUACACCAAGCAAGGAUUUGGCAGUUUACCAAUCUGCAUGGCAAAAACACAAUAUUCAUUUUCACACAAUGCUGCAGCAAAGGGAGCUCCAAGUGGAUUUGUCUUACCAAUCAGAGAUGUAAGGGCAAGCAUUGGAGCUGGAUUCAUUUAUCCUUUAGUUGGGACAAUGAGUACAAUGCCUGGCCUUCCCACAAGGCCUUGCUUCUAUGAUAUUGAUCUUGACACCACCACAGGAAGGGUUAUUGGUCUUUCUUGAGAAUUAGUCAUCAACCUCAAACUGGGAACCUGUAGAGGCCAAUCAAAUGAUUCAGGGCAGAAUGCGAACUCAACUGGAGUACAUAAUUUUUAUGUGCAUGGUAUGGUUUCAUUCUCAUGUUGUAUCCUGUAUAACCUCAAUCGAAAAUAAAGAACUUUGUUUUCUUUUGCUGACAUUUCUUGGAAAAUUUUCAAUUUGAGUUGGAUGUGCUGUGCUCUAUCCCAUGAAUUAUCAUGCUUGUUGGGUGGUACCCCAAGAGUGUCCUGAGGACUGCUAUAUGCGCUUUAUAGUUCUGAAUAAUAUUCCACAAGAAUUUUCAA